GUGUCCAAUGUACAGUACCCUUCGAACCAGCCAGGUUUUGUACCAUCCGCUCAGCCAUUUGCCCAAUCGCCGACGGGUCACACGCCGCACUAUCAACCCCAACCAAGCUAUGGUACGGGAUACGGCACACCGGGCAAUGUAGUCCACUCGACUCCCUCAUACCCGGCACAGCCGUCGUCUCUAUACCAGUCCAUCACACCGUCACCGCAACACGCGACGCAGUCAGCUCAGCCGCCAAUGAUGGGGCCUCCGAUGCGCUGGGGGUUUGAAUCACAAGCUUUCUCUGGUGCUCACCACGGUCAAGGACAUGGAGUUCGAGGGUCGGGCUCGUAUGGACAUGGAGAAAAGUUUGGCAGACAAGGGAAUAAGCGCGAUCAUGUCUCAGCCUUCGGGAAACCUCAAUCAACAACUCCCCGAGUUCCCGCUCCACCUCCAGUACCGAGCUUCGGAAAUCCGCUACCGUCCAAGCCACCUGCGUCGGUAGAUGCCGCGCGGAAACCAAAGAAGAAGAAGAGGCGGCACAACCAGCUUGGACUGACACCCAAGGCUGAAGAACACGAGUCCAGUGAAGAGGAGGAUGACGUGGAUGAGGAAUCUAAAUUUGCAGCCGCUGGCAAUCCUACCGUCACUACUCUCCAGUUCACGUACAAAGGACGCACUUCUACAUUGCAGUCGCCCUCGGACAUUGCGGCGUGGAUUGAGGAGCGGAAGAAGCGAUUCCCGACCCAGGCCAAGAUCGAAGAGAGGAAGAAUGCCCUAGCAGAAGCGAAGAAAGCACGUGAAGAAGCCUUGCGACAAAAGGAUCAACGCAAACAAGAGGCUCGUGCUCAGCAGGAGCGGGAGAAGCAAAGCCGUCAGGCGCAACAGAAAACAGACACUACGAAUCCGGCAGACGUUGCUGAAAAGGCCAAACGGCGCGCGGAAAAGUUACGGCGGAAACUCAUGCGAGAGGAGCAACGACUGGCCAAGGCGGAGGCAGACGCCGAGCGGGCUCGGCAGAAGGUCGAAGCCUUGCAGAAAGAAUCCACCGAAGGGCCGGACGGUGCAGCUCAAGAUGAGACCGGCGAACAUGGUCAGACUACUGACGACACGCCGACUGUGCCUGCGGCAGAGAAUAUUGUCGGCACUCCGGUUGUAGAAGACCAACUUCGAGAAGAGCCUGUUGCCGGUCCGUCCAUUCCACUUCCCAGCCUAGCAGUCACCGAGGAAAUCAUACCGUCUCUUGCCUCCUCCGAUACUUCGGAUAACGGUGACUGGACAUCCUCCAGUGGCUCGGAUUUAUCUUCGUCCUCCGAGUCAGAGGACAGCGAGGAAGACGCUGCGCCGGAGGAAGCGUCUUCGCGCCGGCAGCAGCCUGAGCGGGUCCCACCUCCGCAGCGUGGUGAGAUCAAGAAGAGACCCUGCCGCCAUUUUGCACGCAACGGCCGUUGCACGCGUGGCGACAACUGCAGAUUCUCGCACGAGAUGCCGGACCGAAGCAACGCCAAGGCCAAGGCCACAGAGAAGAAAGGGAGGAAGGGGUUAUUGCAAGCGCUCCUUGACCGCCAGAAACAAGACGAAGACCGAAAGGUGAUGCAGGCGAUCAUGUGGCUUGGCGAGAAUGGCGUUCUGGACGAGCCGGAAACUUCUUCUUCUACCCAUCCGCCU